CUGGUGGUUGGAUGGAGGUCAUAGAUAAUGAUAAAGAUGAGGACCUCAUUAAUGAAGAGAAAGAAGAAAUAGUUCCAGAUGAGACCAUCCAUGAAGCUCCGGUUGGUAAAGGAUUAUCAGGAGCACUGAAGCUACUUAAGGAACGAGGAACGCUAAAGGAGACUGUCGACUUGGGUGGCAGAAACAUGGACAAGAAAAAGAGCAAACUUGUUGGCAUCUACGACAAUGACGGACAUAAGGAAAUACGUAUUGAGAGGACAGAUGAAUUUGGUCGGAUUAUGACCCCCAAGGAGGCCUUUCGGAUGAUUUCUCAUAAAUUUCAUGGUAAGGGGCCAGGAAAAACGAAGCAAGAAAAGCGCAUGAAGCAAUUCCAAGAAGAGUUGAAGCUAAAGCAGAUGAAGAAUUCUGACACACCAUCACUGUCUGUGGAGAGAAUGAGGGAAGCUCAAUCUCGACUAAAGACGCCCUAUCUUGUGCUUAGUGGGAAUGUAAAACCUGGGCAAACUAGUGAUCCCAGAAGUGGUUUUGCUACUGUUGAGAAGGACCUUCCUGGGGGUUUGACACCCAUGCUUGGAGAUAAGAAGGUUGAGCAUUUCUUGGGGAUCAAGCGCAAGGCUGAACCUGGUGAUGAGGGUGCAUCAAAGAAGAUGAAGAACUAAAUAUUUCUGUCUUUUUGGGAAAGAGUGAACAUUUACGCUUUGUAUUUGAAGAUUUGGGCUUAGCAGAUAAAAUUGUGUCUUACCUUUAGGGUAAGAAGCAAAUGAUAUUGAUGAUUUGAUAUCUUCUAAUCCGCAAAGCCAUCGGUACGGAUUGAGGAGGCUGAAAUGGAAAUCUUACCAAAGCUUUUGAGAUCAUGUCUUUUGAAAUAUUUUGUACAAAUCAUACUGUAGAGUACAGUUAUAGAGAAAUUGUAUGAUUGAAGGGAGUCCUGUUUUUGGAGUGAAAAAGAAGGAAAGAAAAAAUAAUAUGAAACGAUAAGCAGUCUCAGUUCUCACCA